GCGCGCAGCGGCGGUGCAGUGACGCGCGGCGAUUGGGUGAGCGCGGAGCUAAACUGUAUUGUACAGUAAAAAGAAGACGCCGAUAACAACAACAGCUGCGGCCGCAUGAGGCUAACUAAAGACACACUCGAACUUUUCGGGCUCACACUGUAAAGGUUUCGGAUGUCACAAUGGCUGCAAACUUCACUAUUUCAGACAGUGAGUCAGAGGCUUCGGAGGAGGUAGAGGAGGGAGAAAUGAACCAAUCAUCAACUGAGCAAGAGCAGCAGAUUCCUCAACGCAACACCGUCACCCUCCCUGAGCUCAGACUGCCAGUGCCCGGUCGAAUCAGGCUGAACUCAGAGUCCCACGCUUCCACUGCCUCCAGAGACGAGGGGCUCCAGGUAAGGGGGGAAGAGGAAGCCGGGACGCCCACCGAGGGAGCUCCAUUCCGGGGACGGUCCAAGUCAGCUCCCCCUGCGUUGUGGGCAGCUAAGAAAUACGGACAGAAGCUCCGAAGGAUGAGCGAUGAGUUUGACAGCCUGCUAGACAAAGGGGAGAUGAGGAGGGUGAAGAGCGCUACAACGACCAGACAGAUGCACCACUCUAAAAGCUGGUGGAGCUACCUCUUUAGUCACCAGGAGACAGAAGGUGAAAACAACCACCACGAAAACCACACUCACCGCACUGAGUAGGCACUGACAGAGGGAUCCAUGGAAAUGAGAAGAAUGCAGCAGGGAAGCCAAAAGAAAACAACAGUUAUGAGAACAAUGACACCUGCUCUAAAAGUAGGAACGGAAGAAAGGUUGGUUUGAUCAAAAAGAGAGAUGAGAUCUAAAUGCAAAGGCACGGCUAAGUGGGACAAGCAGUAAAUAGCACUGAGGUCCAAGCUUCUAGUCAUGUCACUGUUACACAUCAUUAGUAAAUGCAUUUAUAUACAUUUUUUUUUUUUGUAUUUUUGUUGGUUGUGAUGUAAACAGCACUGUUGGGCAGCUCACUGUGAAAUGGUAAAAAUUGAGACUAGCAUGAGGACAGACUUUUGGCUACCUGAACCAUUUCAGUUGUCUCUCACAUCAACACUAUGCAAUAUACUGUAGAUGGAGAGAUAAAUGUAUUGAAACAAAUCACCUGACCGUUUGAGGCCACCUUGAAUGCUGUUAGAAUCUCCUUCCUUCCUCAUUUUCUUGAGGAAUCACAGAUGUCAGCAUGUUACUAAUGCUUGUUUUGCUCCAAAUGUUUGUGCGUGAAUUGCGCAAGCUCAUGGAGAUCACUGUAUCGCGUGCCAAAAUAAUCUUCAGGCAACAGAAGAGAGAGUAUAAAAAAAGGAAGGAUUUUUUUCAAGUAUUCAAGUUGGGGUCUUUAUCCAGUUUCCUGUUCUGCUACCUGCAAGCCAGUACCACUUAAACCACUGUACUCGACUAUCAUUAACUGCUUUAUAUCAAAUUUAUCAAAAGAACAAUCUUGAACAACGACAAUCUCUGUUGAUGCAGAAAUAAUAUCUUUUGUACAACUUCAGGGUUAGAUUAUAUCCGAAGAAAAUGACAUUAAACAGACAUAUAAAAAAAAGCACAAACCAAUAUCAAUCUAUCUUUUUAAAGCCUUGGUUGAGCAAAAAAUAAAACAGACUUUGUAAUUUUUAUGUGUAAAUAUUUUGUUGAUAUUCUAUUAAAUGGCAUUGGAUGGGGGCUAUAAGCAACAUGGUUUAGCCAGAAUUUAAUUUUACGAGUUCCUAUUUUACAAGGUUACCAUGCUAUAUAAUAAGUCUGGCCAACCUAGCAAUAGGCAGUGUACAAUCCAUGGCUGUUGUGAUAAAUGUUAUGUGCAUAUUUAAAGAUGUGGGUGGGGAUGGACUAACUGCUGUACAAGGAGCCAACACACUAGCCUUUGGCCCCAUUUCCUCAGCACCCAGUGCAUACAGGUGAUGGAUUUAAGAGUCCAGUCCCAUUUAAACACAGGUGUAAACUUCUGAAAGGGAUUCAACUUGAUUUUUCCUUGUUCAGGGAAAUCAGUUUCCAAUCCUGUCGAGUUUAUAUACGCGUUUGUUUAAAUGUGGUUUUCACUCUGAUCUGCACUGAGGUGUGAAGAGAAUGGGAUCUUAAUCUAUCAAGCCGUAGGUCUAGGGGUGCUGAUCUAAUGUUAAGAUUAGCUAUUUAUGUGUUAUAUUCAGGAUUUUGAAAAUUGCUUGGCACAUACUAUACACAAUAUGACCUUUAUGGACAUUAUUAUUGUUCCCAAUAAUCAUUAAAAACCAAGAUCAGCACUUCCUGCACAGCUUGGUAAAUAUGAUAUGGCUAUUUGUGAUUUGUUUAUCAAUGUGAUUAUUGAAAAUGGUAAUAGGUUUGUUCUACUUGUGUCUUAUUCUCUUCCUCUCGACUUGUCCAGUUGAGUUGUGAAGUGCUUGGGUGUGCAGGUCGAGGGUUGCGUUUGUAUUGUCUUUAUACUAAACUUUAUCCCGUCUUUUUUAUAGCUUUUCCUAAACUUGGUUAAGUACAAUUUUCAAUAAGAAUUCCAGAUGAUCUGAAUGAUACCAAUCUUUUUCUAACAUUUAUCCAAGUCUACAAUGUGUUUUGUAACAUAUGAUGAAUUUUGGCAACCCUUUAAAAUGAAUUAGUAUCUGGUAUAAAGCUCCUAAGACAAUUCAGUUAAACUAUGAUAUACAAAAGAGUGACUCCACUGUUUUAAGAUACAAGAUAUCAGCAGGGAAAUCAGGAAUGAGUGUUUAGGUAAUUGUGCUGUCAUGACAAAUAGUGCUUUACAUUUUAACAUGUCACUCCUAGUAGAUGAACCCUUACUUUGACACAAGUAGCAAAGAGCCAGCUGGCAGAGAAUAUGCGCAUGGUGUUGUGAGCUUGGGAUCAGAUAUGAAUGCUUUACUCUCUCUUGAAAAUAAAGUUCAGCUGGAAUUUAAAAAUAUGAUUAUGAACUGCCUUGAACACGCUGUAACCUGUGAUGUGACACCGCAUAGCCAGCCUUGUCUGUUUACCCAACUGCCGCCUUAAACUUUCCAGCUCGCUGUCGCAGAUUACGCUCAAGAAGAAGCACAAUAAAUGUGGAGUUGCGUUUCCUGUCACAACUGAGAGAAAAGCGUUGAAAUUGCUAAGACAGAUUUUAUCUUGGAAUGCCGUUUAAGUAGAAGUCAGGUGACCAGUAAUGGUUUUGACUUUUAAACAUUUGUGACAGUGAACACUCCCCAGAGGAAAAAACCUGCCUGGGCACCUGGAGUUCUGCAACCCUCCUUAGUAUUACUUGAAUCUGGAGAUGUGUGUGUGGAGAAAACAGAAUUUUAAUAUUUCCUUUGUUUUUUUUUUGUUCGAUUCUUUUUCAUUUAUUAAUGACUUUUGUAAAUGUAUUUUCUCUACAGCUGUCAAACUUCUGGUAUAUGCUGUCCUGAAUAAAGAAUUUUAAGAGUGGUUUUGAA